AUGUGUGGCUUACAAGUUACUAUCCUCAUAAUAGCUCUAUUUCAGUUUUGCAUCAGCCAUUCUCCAAAACCUGGCUAUGACUCCAUCCCUACAGCUCAGAGCAAUACUCCACAAACGGCCUUGUCUGAAUGUCACCUACAGAUAGAAUGUACAGCUCCAGCGCACCAGAAUGUAAGAAUUACAUCUCAGCACAAUGGAAGUGAUACCUCAAGGUCUUCGCGAAGGAUCAGAAUUCCGGUUAGAGCAGCCAGAGGGCCACAAGGACCACCGGGUCUUCGAGGACCUACAGGACCCAGAGGACCUCCUGGAAUCUCAUCGGAAGUAAACGAAAAUAUUGUUGCUCACAGACGUUUCAAAAGACGUGUGGUGAGCCAGAGGAUGCCUAGUUUCACACCUCAUGAGCGUAGUUCAGUUGUCUGGCGCCUGGAGGAACAAAGCGACUACGAAGAUAUCCAUGUUCUUGAACUUCGUGUAGGACCACAUGGCUUUAAUGAUCGACUGGCUACCCUAGAUGAUUUUGCAGGCUCCUGUUCAAUUGAAAUGUUUCGUCCAAAUACCAGUGGUGCACAAUACUGUCUUUCCUUCGAAUCAAUGCUCCCGGAAUUUUUGUCAACUUCUGUUGGAAUUGUUAUUGAUUGGGAUGCCAUAGAAGGCACAACCGCUAAUGAAAUAUGGAAUGUCUUUCAACAGCGCCUUGUGGAUGAGAAGAUAUUUCGACCGGUUUACGCUGCCUAUUCUGCAUCUUUUCACUCGCAGGAAGCAUAUUUAGCUUGGCAAAGAAGUCUUCAAGAUAAUACAAGACGAACGAACACAGCAAACGUGCUUAAUUUUCUUGAAACCAAAUUCUUUUCAAUACUCCUUGCUUUUUGGAUUUUGAAGGCGAUUACUAACUAA